AUCGAGGAUGGAAUGUUGAUGUUUGAUAAGACCACAAACAGGCAUAGGGGUUGAGUGCAAGAAGGCCCAGCCUAAGGAAGUGAUGGCCCCCACCAACUCCCUGGUCAGAGGACGGGGCAUCGCCCGGGGAGCGAUAGUGACAGAGGAUGGGACAAUAGUCUAUACGGACUCCUUGAUCGGAGAAGAUCCGCUUAUUCCAGAAAUAUGCUACAUGCACCCGGGCUUCCCAGGGUUCGCCGCCGCAGCCGCCUAUGGACGUGCCAGCUUCCCUCCCCUGGCUCCUGGCUACAUCACCUACCCGACAGACCACCAGCCUGGCCAGUGCACUGCUUGCUGGCCGCAACUUUUAACGACGCCCGCAGGCAACAUGAGCCACAUAGGGUCAAGGACGGAUUCUCUUCUACACUUCUAUUUUAUACUCUUCAAUGUUUUCCUACACGUCUGCAGGGCUCAUGAACUCUGGGCUUCUCUCGCCGCGGCCAUGAUGCAGUCCUAACUUCCUCUUCUUACAGCUCGGCUACUUACCAAGCAGUGGAGAUACAAAGCAGUCGAGCAGUUACAAAAAAAAAAGAUCGACAACAAAUUAUAAAUAAAUAAACCUCAACGAAGGAUGGAAAUUCGAACUGAUCUGGAAGGUUUUUUUUGUAAUGAACUUUUUUUUUGUUGAUUAAUUAAAAAUGAUAAAAUAACUUUCUGUCUCUCUCUCCCUUUUUUCCCUUAUUGUUUUGAGCAACGACAUUUAUUGCAUACUGUUUACACCAAUAUACAUUCUGGUAAAUACAUGUGUACCACUUUAUCUUUGUAAUGAGCUUUUCUGAGCUUAUAAUAUAAAGUUAUGUCAGUAUCAUCUAUUCUUGUUUUUUUUUGUGUUUUUUUUUAUUUUACUUUUUUGAACAUUUUGAUACCCGGGGUGGUUUGAUGGGGUUUCCUGCCUGCAUUCUAUGUUUGGUCAAUGAACACAUGAACUUACAGGGUGAUUGCCCUAAACUUCUGGCAAGAUUAUUGUGUUCUGAGAUAAUGUGUCUCAUUCUCAUUUGUGUGGAUCGUUAUGAUCUGUUCUCCUAUAUGUUUCUGCUUGUGUAAUUUACACUUCUGUUAAUUAAUUUCUUUUUUUUUUUUUUUUUACUUUUCAAAGUCUCAUGGCAUUAUGAUGAUGUGGUCAGAUAGAAGGAGGAUUAGAACACUGAGCAUGAGAUUGGUAUUGAACAACAUUGGUAUCUUUCUUGAUAUAGUGGAAAGAAAUCUAGGGAUUUGAUGUAGAAUUUAUAAGGUCAAAUUUAAUUAUGUGCUCUUUACUCCUCCGCAAGGAACAGGACAAACUCUCUGUCCUCGUUGUCUCAGAGUUUGAAGGUAGCAUGAACAGCAUCUUCUGUAAAAGAAAAAAAAAGAAAGUCAUGACGACAAGUGACCAGAUGGGGCUAUUUUCAAGACACCUCCCCCCCCCCCCCCCCCCCCCAAUAAACAACAACGACCAAAACAUUUUUAACAUAGCCAAUGACAGUCCCAAGCCAAAUAUAUAUACCAACAUUGCCGAAGACUUUUGACUAAAGUAACACAAAAAAAAAAAAGAUCCCCAAA